AUGUUCGUCACCUCCACACCGCUUUCAUCGCGCAGCAAAGGUGCUGAGUCGCCAAAGAGAGAGAGGCUGAAAGUGCCGGGUUCGCCUCAGGCUCGCCACAGCACGCCUCCCACGCCUUCUGCGGAGAGGAUACUCCGCACGACUCCAGCGAUGAGCCCCAAGGGUGAGGCCUCAAACUUCGAUGUGCAGACGGUGAAAGACAUCGUGCAGGAGCAGCUGGCAAUUGCCUCAGUGGAUGUUUUGGUCGGGAACAAAGUGGGUGGGAGCUGGGCUGAGCAGGGUCGCGCUUGCGGGCAAGCGACGCACGACCCAGGCGAUCGAGAGAAAAGACACGUUGGCACCGUUGAACCUGUGUUGCUGGAGGAGCCAGCGGGGGCGGACGAAGUGAAGGAAGCGAGGGUGGCUGAAGAGUUCGAAAAGCUUCGUCAGAGGAACUACAAGGCCAUCAGCCGUUGCGCUUGUCACUUCAACCUGUUGACGGCCUUGGGAUUGGUCCAUGAAGCGAUUCAAAAACCUGGAUGUGACACCAUCACUUGGGCCUUCUUUUGCAUCAUGAGUUAUUUGCAAUUCUUGUUGAUUGCCAGUGAGAGGGUCGGGCUCACCCCGCAGCGACUGAAGUGCUUAAGCUUCUGCAUGCACCUGAUGAAGAUCCUGCUCAUCAUCAGCUCCGCACAUAGUGAGACCACCUUCCGAUUCGCGGUCUUGCAAAGCAUCGCAGCGGCCAUGCGCUUUUGCCCAGUCAUCGUCUUUCUGGACCCAUGGAUGUCGAUCCCUUUCCAAGUGCUCUACACCGCCAUGGAGAUGUCAGCGCACCUCCUUGUUUUUGACCAGUCGAGCCUGGAACUGGGACCCUUGUGUGUCAGCCAAUUCUUCACGUUGACCGCGACGAUCUCCAGUUCCGUCUUCAUCCACCUGGUGCUGCGGGGCCGCUUCGAAGCCUUGCUGGACACGGCGGACGCCGAGUCCUUGGUCUCCAGCUUUCAACGUGUCUUGAGAGGCGCAUGUGAUGGGGAAGUGCUCUUGGAUAGCCAGAUGAACAUUGCCCAGGAAAGCCAGUGUCUGAAGCAUCUGAUUUUGACCAAUGUGAGCCUCAAAGGCCGGUCCUUCCAACAGUUGCUCGUGGACGAGGAACAGCAUCGUUUUCUCGAGUUCAUUCACACCUCCACGCAGACUUUGGGCACACCGGAGUCAAAGGACUUCCUGCCCCUCUGCCUGCGGGUGUCUUUCCGUGGAUCAGCAGGUAUACGAGUUGCUGCAGAUAUUUACCAUGUGCCUGUACCAGGGCUAUUUGGUUCCAGCGACCCCUACCACUUGAUUGCCUUCAAAGAGGAUUCAGAACCUCGUCCGCUGCCGGAGGCUGAGGAAGACACAGUGCCUUCCAUCCUCCUGAACAAGUGGGGCACUGGUGAAAGCCGUGCCAAGGGCCGAACCUGCCGACCAGACGGGAGAGCUUCGACCAUCUCUGGGAGCACAGGCAGAAGUUCAUGUCUUCAGAACAUUUGUCCUGAAUUGCAGGAGAUCACCAUGCUUGUGGAUGUGACGACCGAGCUUCAGGAUGUACAGCAGGUGCACUUGAACUUCGAACGCAUCUUUCGGGCGGAAGAAGAAGAGGGGGAGCUUCGUGACGACUUGGUGGAGGGCAUGCAAUGUGGCAUGCCUAGCUUGCGCAAGCUGGUGAAGCCCACGGAGUGGGAGAAGAUCCGGUCCAGUGUGGUCAGAUUUGCCGAGAAGGCUGCACUGGAUCCCUACCUUCAACCGAAAGUCUUGAAGCGGAUGACGGUCCAUUUGCCCGGUCAGAGUGGUUGGCUGAUUGCCGAAGAGGUGAAUGAGGAAUCUGCGGUGGGUGAUGAAUUGAAAGCAUCAGACGAGACGACGGUGUGGCUUCCCUUGCAUUUGGCCUUCACGCGGAGUGAUUUUGCAGAGCUGAAGCAAUUCUCAACCUUCUUCCUUUUUCCACAGGCACAGGAUGAGCUCAAGGAAGCGAGGGUGGAUGAGGAGAUGAUCAAGCUUCGCCAAAGGAACUACAAGUUCGUCAGUCGUUGCGUGUGUCACAUCAACUUGUUCACCUGCUUGGGGCUGAUUCACGAAGCUGUUCGAGCCCCUGGACUCGACACGAUGACCUCGUUGGGGCUCUGCACAGUUUGCUAUGUGCAGUACUUGAUCGUUGGCAGUGGUUGGGUGGAAUUGACUCCUUUAAUCAUGGAAGUCCUCUCGUUUGUAACCCAUUUGUUGCUGAUCCCGGUGAUUCUGAGUACGUGCGCAUCGGCCAGCAUCUUCAAAUUUGCCGUGAUGCAGGGCUUGCAAGUGGCCAUGCGCUUUUGCCCUGUGGUCUUAUUCUUGGAUCCAUGGAUCUCGAUUCCUUUUCAAGUACUCUACACCGCCACCGAGACGUCAAUGUAUUUCUUCGUCUUCGACCGGAACACUUUGGAAUUGGGGCCCUUGUGUGAGCGUGCUGCGGGUGGCACUAUGGCCGUGAGGUUUCCUUUUGCCAGGAGUGCGGCUGGCAGUUUGAAGGCUGUGAGCCAAUUCUUUAUCCUGGUCUCCACCGUGGCCUCGUCCAUUUUCAUCGACUUACUGCUCCGGGGUCGCCUCUAUGCGCUCUUCGAAACGGCGGAUGCGGAGUCGUUGGUGUCCAGCUUCCGACGUGUUUUGAGAGGUGCAUGUGAUGGAGAGGUGCUCUUGGAUGGCCAAAUGAAUGUUGCCCAGGAAAGCGAGUGCCUCAAGCAUUUGAUCCUCACCAACGUGAGCCUUAAGGGCAGAUCCUUCCAACAUUUGCUGGUGGACGAGGAGCAGCAGCGCUUCCACGAAUUUAUCAACACCUCCACGCAGGCCUUUGGCACACCGGAAUCCAAAGGCUCGGCCCUGCCCUUGUGCUUGCGCGUGUCCUUCCGUGGAUCAGCAGGCAUUCAGGUGGGCGCUGAUAUCUACCACGUGCCGGUGCCGGGACUCUUUGGUUCCAGCACCCCCUACCACUUGAUCGCUUUCAAAGAAGAUUCUGAACCCCGGCCAUUGCCCGAAGCAGAGGAAGAUGCUGUUCCUUCCGAGCUUGUGAACGCCUGGGCAGAUGGAACGCGGCCCGACAAGCGUGGCGCACUUGGAGCUUCGAAUUCGUCGGUCUCGGGCAGCACUGGGAAGAGUUCAGGCAUCGCUAUUGAGGAGUAUUGUCCGGAGUUGCAGGAGAUCACCAUGCUGGUGGAUGUCACCACCGAGCUUCAGGAUGUGCAACAAGCGCACUUAAACUUCGAACGCUGUGCAGACACCGGCGACUUGCGCUUGGCCUUGCAAUCGAGCAUGCCCAGCUUGCGAAAACUGGUCAAACCCACCGAUUGGGAGAAGAUCCGCUCCAGCGUGGCACGCUUCGCCGAGAAGGCCUUGCGGGAUCCUGACCUCCAACCCAAAGCGCUGCGUCACAUGACGGUCCAGUUACCCGGACAAAGUGGUUGGCAGAUUGCAGAAGUGGCCACAUUGCAUCGCAUCCAGGGGGCCCAAAAGGUCUGGCUUUACCUGAAAGGCCUGCGUCCCGAAAAAGCGCGCCGGGUGCCCAAGUUGGAUGGAAUUCAAGAACGUGGCGUGAGAGAGCGCAGGCGAGCUCUCCAACGGCUGAGCCCUAAAGCCGUGACCUCACGGGCAGCCUCUCCGGAUGCCGAGGCGGAGAAGCGGCAAAAGUCCACCAGCUAUCGGCCCAAGGCAGAACAGAGUAUCCAAGAGAUCAUCCGAGAGCAGGUCCUGCUUCAGGAACAACUGCGACCCUUAGCUGAGGGAGGCGAGUUUGAGUGGCGGAAUCACGCGCCGAAGUCUUGCCCGAAGGACCCAUACUACCAGGAAGACCCAGUCUCAGGCAUGGACGCCGUCGCCUCUGCGGGCAUUGCGGGUGGCGUGGCCGGCGAAGCUUUGUCAUUCCCUUUGGACGAACAGAUCACCUCCUUGACCACACCGAUCGGAACGACACGCAUCUCCACCGAACUUCCCGGCUUCACUCAUGGAGCAGCGGAGCAGAGCGGAGCAGGCGCACAGAAGGAGCCUCGGAAAGUUCGCCGAUCUCGGAGGCCUUCUUCGAGCUCCAGCGGCAGCAACUUGAUUUCGACCCGAAAGAGAAUCGAUGUGGCAGUGAAGCUGCCCGAUGGUCGGACGGCCUGGCAACGCAUCCACCCCGAGGCUACGACCUACCAAUUGAAGCAGUGUUUGGACCAUGAGUGGCAGUUCCGGGAGCCUUUGAGUUUGUCCUUUUUGGGACUGCGACUGAAGGACCAUUGGCGCUUGGUGGAUUGUGGUGUCCGCGGGCAUGACAAGCUUCAGGCCAGCGUGGCGAGUGCCAGAAGUGCUAGAAGCGCGAGCGCUCGCGCCGGAGCUGGAGCUCAAGUUCAAGGCUUUGACGGCCAGCGUCCAAGCUUUCACGGUGCUGGGCCUCUCCCGAGCUUGGAAGAGGCGGAGAAGGCUGAAAAGGUGGAAGAAACCGAGGAGUCAAGGUGGUUCUUGGCGGUAGAGUCCAUGGAGCGGGGCAUGGAGAGCUUCCAGGAGUCCAUGACAAAAUCGCAGGAGCAACAACAAGAGAAGCUCUCAGAGUGUUAUCAAACGCUGAGCCUUUUGCAGCACCAGCAGCAGCAGCAGCUGCAACAAUUGUGUUCCAUCCAGGAACAGCAACGGAGCACGGCCUCCGAGACCUUCAGAGCGAUGCAACUGGAGCAGCAGGAGAUGAAGAGCAGGUUGAGCGACAUGCACCGUGAGCUUCUCCAAGUACCGUUGCGCUCACCACCGCGCUCGCCGCAACGGUCGCCACCGCAACGCUCGCCGCAACAGCGGUCGCCACAGCAGCGGCCACCCGCACCGAACCCGAGAACACCAUCUCCGCAGAGGGUGGCGACGGCGGAGUCGAAGCAUCGAAGGUGGCUGAUCCUGCAGGUCUUCAGGAUGUUGGACAAUGACCGUGAUGGGAAACUGCAGCAGCAGGAGCUCAUCGGCCUAGCGCGCCUCAUGGGCUUCAACUUUGGCGAGGACGACUGGGCCAUGGAGUACCAGGAUCUUUGUCGCGACAUGGACGUCUCUCCGCAGAGCGGCUUCGACUUGCGUAACUUCACCCGGCUCUUGGACAGUGAAGAUGGCUGUCCUGCCAGUGACGAGAACCUCUUUGAGGCGCUGAUCCACCACUACGGCGACCAGGAACGCGCACGCGAAACGGCUUUGCUCUUCGAGAAGUUGGACGUUGACCAAGAUGGCUUCCUAUCUGCCCCCGAGCUGCGUUCCUUUGGCUUGGAGCAGAUGUGUCUCGAGGGCCAUGACCACUAUGGCCGCUACGACUUGCAGACCUUCUAUUUGCUCGCAAAGACUUUGUCGCUGGAGCAACUGCGUGGUGAGGCACCCAUUGUGCCAAGUCCAAUCCAGUCGGUGAUCCCCGCCGUGUCGGACAGCGCUCGCGCGCGUUCCGCGGUGGUGCUCGUCUCGGAAGCCGAGCUCAUCGAGGAGGCAGCUCCCAGCACACCGUCUUCGGGCACAGACCGUCGCACACCGAGAGCAGAGCCGUCACGCAGAGCAGAGCUGGUGCAGCGACUCUUUGGGCUCUUGGAUGGAGACAAGGACGGUCGCUGUGGUGCCAAGGACCUGACAGUCUUUGCUUCUCGCCAGAGCGAGGUUUGGACAUUGCACUUCAGGAAGCUUUGCAAACAUUGGAAGGUGGACCCUCGCCAAGGUAUGGACGUCGCCACCUUCACACAGAUUCUCGAGGACCAGACGGGGCCCUUCGGACUUUACUGCUCGGAUCAAGAGAUCGAAGACCUCAUCGCUCAAUCACGUUCAGAACGACGGCCCAGCACACAGGAUCGCUCCCGUUUGGUGGAGGCACUCUUCUACUACUUGGAUUCCGACAAGGACGGGCUUUUGCAGCUGAGCGACGUGCAACGCUUGGCCGAAGACCUGCCGAAUGUGGACCCUGAGGAGGUGACUCGCUGGAGCUCGGACGUGGUGCCACUAGACCUGGAAGCCUUUCGAACGCGUGUGAACCGCCGCGAGGAGUGCAUCUACUGCGACGAUGCAGCGCUCCAACGCGGUCUGGCGAGGACACCGCCCAGCCGAAAGCUGCUGCUCUAUGUGAAAUCCUGGAUCUUCCGCAACAAUGCGACCAAAGAUCUUUGGCCAGUGGGAGAGCUCUGUUGCAAGGCGAUGCGUGCUUUCAUCCCUUUGGGCGACUGGCUUCAUGCCCAAAGUGGUGAAAGUUUGUGUAUUUUUGAAUUUGAUGAUGAAUGGAACGCGAUGUGGAAGGAAUGCAAGGUUCAAGCAGCCUGGCAUGAGUGUCAAGAAGCCCACGCCGGGCAAACUUUGCUUCCAAACUUCACUGGGCAUGGCAUGCGUGCGCGGAGCCGUGUGGGGAGAAGAGAACUUCUCGAGGAUGAACUGGAGGAGAAGAGACCGCCCAGCGGUCCACGCUUCACGUCCAAGCCACGGGAUUUUGUCUUCUUGUCCACCUCGGCAGAUGUGCGGGUGGUGGCGCAAGCUGGCCAGGUCGAGUUCCUUUGUGACUCCAGCCUUCUUUUCCGCGCAUCGCCCUUCUUUGUGGCGGCCUUACGUGAAGACUGCUGGUUGGAGGGACACACCCGAAUUCUGCACUUUCCUGAAGAUGAGGAGAUUUGGUCUUACGUCCUUUGCAAGCUCCAUGGCUUUCCACAGGAGACGCUGGGCAUCGAGGCAGACAUUCAGCUCCUGGAGCUCUACCAGAAAUACUUGAUGUCGGACUUGGAGCAAGAGAUCUUGGAGACAUUUCGUCAAGUCGAGUGGCUACAAAACGCAGCAUCAAUGGAUGAGCCAAAGUUCCUUCAGCUUCACCAGCGGCUUUUGGCGAUGGAGGUUCUUCAAGACCUUCUUGGCCCUUGGUGCUCACAGCACCCAGAGCUCAUGGCUGGCUCCUUGUGGCGCUUGCUCCGUGCUGCACAUCACAUGCCACGCCUGGUCUCGCUGGUAGUGGCCAACUGUGCAGAGCUGGUGGCUUCAGAGCCUUUCCUCAUGCAGCAGGACACCUUGCGGCUCCUGGCGGAUUUGCAACUUCUCGAGCUUUUGGAUGAUUGCCAGUCCUGGGGAUGGCUACAUGAGGUGCACAUCAUCGAGCUCCUCAGUGAGGACUCCUUGAUGCCAUUGACCCAGCUGUCCUCCCUGCGAGCCGAGCUCCGGGAUCAGCGCUUCCGUAAAGUGUCCUUGGCCUUGGCAUUGAAACCGUUCCCUCGGCUUUUGGAUGACUUGUUGGACGCAUGGUUCGUGGAGGCAUCGACGCCCGAGGACUUGGCUGAAUGGGCCUCAGCCAGAGCGAUCCCCGAAGGACUCCUGAUCCAACAGUGGCAAGGCUUUGGAGAUUUGGAGCUGAAACGUUUUCUCUCCAUGACGCCAGAGCUCUCGGAGUCGCUUGGUGCAGAGCUACGCCGCUCGCGCGGCGUCGACGCUGCGCUGGACGCGGAGCUGCUGCACCAGCUUUGGCGGCUGCGGAUCGCCAGCUUCUAUGAGCUCUUCUCCUCCCUCCUGACCACCCUGCUUCGCCCGUUGGGCUGUCCACGGCGCGUGCUCAUGCGCCGGUUUGGGCUGUCCUUGCGCCCGCGGAGAUGGAGAGCCGCGGCGGAGGAUUAGAGACUUAGUCUCUAGAGGAUCUGAAGAGAUUCGAUGUUUUGAGAGAAUGAGGUAUAAACAUGUUAACAGCUCAAGGGCUUCGAGGCUUGAAGGAACUGGUGUACAGGUUAGAACUGACCAUAAGAGGAGAUCAGACAGGCCAAUCUGUAGGGAAAUAGAAGAGCUGGGUCAGAAAUCAGAAGGUCACCUGUUGCAAGCUGCUGGUAAAAAGACGGUCCAAGCUUUUCAUGAACCAAUGAAGAGCAGCAAAUAUCAGACCCUAUGAUUGUGUUGAUAUAUUGUUUUCAUGUUUUCCCUUUUGGGUUUGACAUGUCCCAGCAAGCUGGAGCGCAGGUUCACUUGCUCAAAGCAAGCAAUGUUAAUACUGAUUGCGUUGGACAACUGGAUGCUUUUGGCCACAUGCCAAUGGAUUCGAUGGCCUCAUUUACUCAGGUUUGACAUGUGGGAUUGAAUUGGGAAGCCGUGAAUCAUGCAUGACCCUGGACCCAUGAGAACCCGCCACCAGCAGUAUCCUGGACUUCGAUUUGGAGGCAACCAGUGGUUCGUUCGCCAACAGUGGUUCAUGAGCUAGCAGCUCUAGUUGCACCCUCAACAUCGAAUGAAGUUCCUCGCCAGCUCUUUGCAGACUGUCCGAUCCGAUUCAUGGCAGGAAUGGGUGUGCGAAGCUUGGAAGCGAGCAAGGGACCGGGAAGUCGUGGUGUUCUGGACACCGGAUGAGAGGUAGCUAGCCCUCCUGCCGGGAACCACCCAGCGACCUCAUUUCGGACCUCUUGGUUCAUCCGUAGCACAAAUCAGGAACAGGUCUUAACAGAAGAAACUGCUCGUUGUCCUAAAAAGGGAACUCGAAGGGGAUCCAAUCUCGUUUGUCAGUGGAAUUGCAAUUCGAAUCGCGAUUCUGAUGCCGAGAGACACUCAUCCAUUGUAUGAUAUUUAAUAUACGCUACAUUGGAGUGGUUUCAUGGGUCAAUGGCCUGCAUUCCAUCCAUGGAUGAUGUUGCAUGUAUGGCCGCGCUAUCAUGAUGCCACGUCCAGUGCAGGGAUUGAUGACCGGGCUUUGGGCUUUCAGGCAAGCCACACAUGCCGUCAAGCAAGCUGCCGACGUUCUUAGUGACCCCAGCAUUUUGGACCAUUCUAGUUGCAGAUGGGGGGCAGGAUUUUGGGGCCGGCAUCUCAAACAACCAUCUUAGUUGGUCAAUCUGGGGUUGACUUCGUGCGAAGUCAUGGUACGUUUCCCCUUUUUGACACUCUCCCAGCCUCAUGACCCAGGGUGGCUCGUGGGCUGUAGUGUUGUAUCGUUUCGAACCGGAAAAAGUCAGGGAUCUGUAAACAUCGUCCGAUCUGGGUGAUGACCGUGGCAGAUCCCAUUCUACUCUUCUUGGGAGGACCAAUGGGUGACGACCGGCCGAUCUUGGGACCAUGUGACCAUUGGUGAGAUGAGAGGUGAGUGACCAAUGAGGUGCUCUCUGCAGUUCGCCAAAUGCUGAGAUGAGCCAUAGAUUAGCCAAGUCCCAAAAAAGUUCAAAGGUGCUGAGAUGCUGAUCCCGGUGCAGGCACUGGCAUCCAGCACAUGCCGUCAGGCAAGCCACACCAAAAAAGCAGGGUGGCGAUGUCAGAACUUCGUUGAACAGCUCCGAAACUGCGUUGCGCCUCGAGGAUUUUGGGUGCUCGAGCUGCGACAUGGCCUGGACGCCAUCCACAGCCUGUGGGUGGCCUUGGAUUUCCUGCUCCAGGUGGUUCUUUGGCACCUUCACGCCUUGAGACAACAAACGCUUCAAUGAGUCGACUGGGCUACUGGCUCAACUGGGCUAUGCACUGUACAUAGCAAUUGCAUGUAGCCUUAGCAUGCCUUAGCCUAGAGUCCUAGAGUUGCCAAGCCUGAAAGAUUGGAAGUGGCAGCCUGGCAUCAAGAAAGGAACGACUUAUACAUCCACGUGCUUGCUUUCUUGCUUGGCUGAUUGAUAGGUGUGCUUGACGCGCAGAUGUUGCUCGGCCUGUGCACUUGGCUCAAGUGAUGC